UCAUUGGACCAUGGUGCACCGCGUUGGCGCGCUACCGACAAAAACAGUAAUGGCGUCGCAGCGAGAAGAAAUGGCUGACGAACCGCUGCCGGAAGACAGCGAAGACACUGUGUUGUCGAUGGUCGACGUGCUGCAAGAGAGUGAAGAGCUGGAAGAGGAAGCUAAUGCUGUACUGGGUGAUAGUGAUGAUAAAUGUUGCACGUAUCCAUUGGGUUAUCGAGGCAGACAGGCUUUGUACGCUUGCGCAACAUGCACCUCAGCAUCCAAUGAGUCUGCAGGGGUCUGCUUAGCCUGCAGCUAUGAAUGUCACGAGGGACAUCAGCUCUACGAACUCUACACCAAAAGAAACUUUAGAUGUGACUGUGGAAACAGCAUGUUUGGGUCAGUGAAGUGCAAACUGAUUGAGAAAAAAGACGCUACCAACCCAGACAACAAGUACAACCAGAAUUUCCGUGGUGUGUACUGCACCUGCAGCCGUCCUUAUCCAGACCCAGACGAUGAGCACCUAGGAGAAGUCAGUAUACCAGACAGUAAUGACUACCAAGAGAUGGUGUGUGCUGAGUGUAUGCAGGGACCUUGUGACUUUCUGUGGUAUUACAGUGUCACUGGCAAAGAGGUUAAGCUUGAGAAAGAAGACUUGGGUGUAGAUGUUGACGUCGAGAAUGUGGCCAAGAGUCAUGCUGUUCCUGAGAGCGACGAGGGGGUAAAAGCAGAGGUUACUCCAGUGAGCGACUCCAAACCAACUCUGACAAGUGACAGCAAACCGACAGAGUCACAUACAGCUCACGUCCAUGACUCACCAGAUGAUGCCAUAUCAGCCAAUUCAAAGAAUACCGUCCUAACAACCAAGGUCCCGCCCACCACUGAUAGUGUAAUCACAGCACCGUCUGCACCAGAGACAGUGCAGCAGGACAGUAUUAAGGAAGAUAGUACCACUGGUCGGCAGGAUGAUGCCAUUCCGGCAGGGGCAUCAGGCUUUGAGGCUUCGUCCAGUGGAAGUGUGCCAGCGGGACCCAGCCAAAAUGGGCAGACUCAACACAGGCAGGCAGGCGGCCAAAUCUGUCGACUGAGAGAGCUCAAAGGCAGAGUGGUGGAAAAGAGAGACCAUGCCACCUUCUGGCCCAGCGGUUGGAGGAGCAAGCUGUGUAUGUGCCAGGAUUGCAAGAUGCUUUAUGAGAACAGACAAGUCAGUUUUUUGAUGGACGAGUCUGACACCGUGCUGGCUUAUGAGUUACGAGGCAAGAUGAAGCAUGCUGGUACAUCACAGUAUCAGAUGGGUAUGGAAGCAUUGACGAAAUUGAACCGCGUACAGCAGGUUGAAGUCAUUCAUGAAUACAAUGAUCUGAAGGCAUCUCUUAGGGAUUAUCUGCAGAGCUUUGCUAAUCAGGGAAAAGUGGUUAAGAGACAGGACAUUGACGAGUUCUUCAGUGAUAUGCAGUCCCGUAAGAGGCAACGUGUUGGGGUCGGCAACCCCCAGUACUUCUGCAGAUGACGUGCUUGCUACAGCCUACAACCGAUGUAGGCAAAAAGAAGUGCUGGUCUGGUGUAAAGAAAACGUGGCAAUAUGAGAAAUUCAGUCUGUAGCAAGGACAGCGACAGUGAGAGCCAUCCUGAGGCAAGGCAGGAGAGUUGGAAUUCCCCCCCCGACAUUUGUCAGGUUGUUUUGCCAAUGGAGCCAUACUGUAUGCUGUUUUACCAAGCUGAAGGAUUUUUGCAAUGUAAAAACUGGUCACUAACCAAUUGACUUAUUGCCCUUUGUGAACACGAGCUCCGUGUGCGUUUGUGUAUGAUCGUGCAUUAUAUGCACAGUCACACGUUGUUAAUGGUUAACUUGUUAACGGUGAUGAGUUAAUUGGUGGCAAAACUAAGCAACAAUGGCAACUAUAUGUUUACUCUACAAAGCUGUUCUGUAACCUCUUGGCCGCAUCAUAUGAUGAUGUCUGUAAUCUAUAAUACUGAAAUCCAAGAUUAAUGUUGUUUCCAUUGGUUGUAGAUACAACAAUUUACAAAAUUGAUCUGCUUGCAAGUGAAUGCAUGAAGAAUUUGGAGCAGUGUUUUCAAUCCAGUCAUGGAGUUUUCUGUGGCCGUUGGAUGCUUCUCGCUUCAUUUAACAAAGAAAGGAAGCAUGCUAUGCCAUCAAAUAUGCUGAAAUGUCAGAGGUCAAAUCGUAACAGUUUAUCAAGUUAUGCAAGUGUAACUCAACAAAUAUCGUUCACUAAAGUCUGCUGGUAUUCCUGGA